CUAUUACAAUAGUAGUACUAGUACAAACGCUCAGAACGUCUAUUGUAAUAGUAGUUUCCAGACUAUUGAUGUCCCUCUGAUGGUCUCUAAGGACCGAAUCAUGUAAGGGCAUACUUAAUGUAAUUUGGUUCUUUAGCAUACAUUUUGAUUUAAUGUAAUACAAGUAAAAGUUAACUGAAGUCAAAUGCCACCCUUGUUACUGGAAGUAAUCUGGAAAUGAAAGUUACCAGCAAAAUUUCUUUGAUGUGUAUUGUGUUUCAGAGCCAAGACACACUAUGACAUGAAACAACACUUGAAUACACACCGCUCUGACCCUCUUUACCACUGCGAAGAGGAAGGGUGUGAUUUCUCAUGUCGUAGUGCUUAUGGACUACGCAGGCAUUAUGACAAGUGCCACCGUGGAAAUGGUGAGCCAAUGUACUGCUGCCACAUAUGUGACAGUCGAUUCCAGCGUGGAUCCCUGCUCACACGUCACCUCUUUGCUCAACAUGACUUCCGAUGGCCAUCAGGACAUUGCAGAUUUAGGUACAAGCAUGAUGAAGAUGGUUUCUUCCGGCUGCAGACAGUGCGCUAUGAGAGCUUAGAAGUGACACAGGAGAUGAUGCAGUCACAGUCGGGAGCUCCCCAGCCACUGUGUAGCAGUAGUCACUACAACCUGCAUCAAACAAGUGGCAGGAGUGAAGUUGAGUUCACAGUGUCAGAGGAGGAAGAUGACCCCGACAGCCAGGAAGAAGAAGGGGGCAAGAUUGUCAUCUCAUUUACAGAAGUGGAUGACAGUGGCAAUGUUGUGUGCAGUAAGGUGAUGGAAACUGAUGAGGUGCCUGUUUUGCCUCCAGGAGAAGUCACUGUCAUUGAAGAUGCAAGUAAGAUGAAUUGAACUGAUAACCCUUCAAUGUGGUGGCAUUUAAAUCCCCAGUGAUUGCUAUACUGUGGUAGGAUUUUCUGCCAGGGAUUUAAAUUUCUGCUUUAGCCCUGUGUGGUCCUAUGUUGGACUGAGUCUGCCACUGAAAAUUCUUAAUUCUGUUCCUACAUUGGAUUGAGUCUACCACAUGUUUUACGAAUAAUCUGGAGUCAAUCUGAGGGAGGCAAACAGUGUCAGUAUAUCAUUCAGACCUUCAUCUGUGCAGUGGUGUUAACCACUUAUCCCUGGUAAUACUUUUGUAAACUUUAUAAUACAUUUUUCAAAGUGUGUAAAUAUUUUUUUUCUCACUAGUUAAGAUCCCAGUGCUAUCCGUCAAUGUCCAUGUGUUGAACAGCAAACAAAUCCACGAACAAUUGCAUGACAACUCAGAUUUUUUAGUGAAAUUAGUCAGAAUGCAGGUAUUGGUAUGUUCACAUGUUUAGUGACUAGGCACGAAGUGUGAAUUGUUAAUUGAAUAUAUUGGACUCUUGAAACUCAUAACUGAUGUAAUAAUACCAGUUCACAUAUCUACACAGUCUAAAAUUAACUCUGGCACACACUACGCUUUCUCAGUCUGCUGUUUCUUUGCCAUUUGUAGUUUGGUAAUUGCUCCAAGUGCCAUAGAUUCCUCAGCUUCAGAGUUUAUGUCCUUACUACCUGAUAACUGUCUCACAACUGAUGCAUGAUGGUAACUCUUUUAAGUGUUUCUUCACCUUCUCAACAUCUCAAAACUCCGGUUAGGUUUCCGGUAUGUAGCCUAGGGGUGGACCCCACAGAAAACCCUGCCUCCAACAGUUCUUCUGUUGUUGCAUGUGUAACUGUUGCUGUGAUCCCAUGAUGGUUACCGACCGUUGCAUAGCAGUGCCCUUUAGUGCCAGGCUCCGUAUCUGGCACGCCAGCAGCUUCUGUCACAUGUCACUGGGCUCCAGGCUCCAUACCUGGCACGCACACUUAUUGCAGCUCUUAAGUUUCAGUUCGUAUUUUGAACUGUUGUUUUUUCAUGUAAAGUAACUCUUUUGGUAAAGAAAUUAAAGAGGAAAUUUCAGGCUAUCAUUUCGUAUAUUCGUUGUCCCACUUUGAACUUGCUGCGGGAGUUGUAAUAAAUUUGAAUUCUUGAAGACGUUUUUUAUUUCAACACUUGGUGCGCUUGUUACCAUACAAACCUCUAUCUGCCUAGGGAAAUUCUUAUGAACUAAAUACGUUAGAUCAAUACUGUGUGCUGUCCAGCAGCUGAUCAAAUGAAAAGUCGAUUCUUUUAAGGUUUUUCUGAUCAGUGCUGCUUCAACAUUGGUAUUUGUAACAACGAGAAGACACGUAGAGAAUCUAUGACUUUGAGACGCGAUGUUGACUGUAAGAAGUGUGUUAUGAAUGCUACUGUAGCAAAUGAUAAACAGUUCACUGUAUGAAUGGUACUACUGUAAUUCCCCUUUGUUCUAUAAAUAUGCCUCAUGCAGUCUGGUUAGCCAAGGCCAGCCACAAGGAAUGAAGUGGCCAGCUGUAUUGGUGUCUUGCCUAGUGGAGAAUAUAUUUACUUCAGACCGAAUCAGAACAAAGUUUUAUCAGAUUCGGAAUUAGACACUGAAAAUGGAUGUCUGUGUUUUUCUCGAUUCUGUCAUUUCGAGAAUCAAGAAAAGCACAAACAUCCAUUGGGAGAAUAUGCAAAACUAUAAAGGACAAAAAGAAAAUUUCUGAAUGUGAUGAUAAUAUGUAGGAAUAACACAAGGAAAAGGCUAGAUCAAUUGUCAGUCAGAAUUCAGUUAAUUGAGGGACUCUCUGUGAAAUAUGCUAAUGCUGUAGAACACAAAGUGCCGAGUCGACAUUCGUCAGACAAAACAGUGCCCGUCUGAGAGAAAGAAAUUUUAUAAGCAAAAUUCCACCAACUGCGAAGAAAUCAAAACCACAGAAGUGGCUUGUUGUAUGUCAAAAACUGUGUACUGGUGUGAUGCGUGUGAUGUGGGACCCUGUGUGGAAUGCUUUCAUGACUAACACACCCAGCUGACCUUCUAAGGUAAUAUGAUACUAUCAUUCAUAAUUUUAAUAGGCUUACUGUGCCAAAAAAAAAUAAUUUUAAUGGAUCCAGAGUGAAUAGAAAGGGACCAUUCACUACACACCUCAUUAGCAAUGAUACAGUCCAUGAAAAGUAUUUCAUGCAAUCAGUAUUGAAACAGUAGGAACUGUGAUCCCUGCUGGCAUAUUUUUGUCGUACUUAGCAAAGCUUCUUCCAUUAUAUGCAAGUUAUAAAGAAAAACAAACCAGUUCAUAAUAGUAGCUGAAUUUACAUAGCAUGGUGGUAUUUAACCUUUAAGUGAUGGCCCUUUAAAUUCGUAACGGCAGCGGGAUGGAUUUGAUUUAAAUACCCGCAAUUUUA